AUUUCAAUUUAAUGAUACCACCGGCGUUAUAACCGAAGUCCACUUAAACGACACCGUUUCACAUUUCAAAACUCAUAGAUAUAACGUUGUUGGAACAGAAACAGAAAAUCACCAACAUUGCAACUUUCAUCUGAAAACCCAUCACCACCAACCUUUCCCUAAUCACACUUGGAAAAAGAUGGGUUCAAAAUCAGUGACUUUAACCUUUGAGGAUGUGGCUAAGCAUAAUCAGAAAAAGGAUUGUUGGAUUAUAAUCAAUAAAAAGGUAUAUGAUGUUACCCCAUUUUUGGAUGAUCAUCCUGGAGGUGAUGAGGCUCUGCUGUCUGCUACAGGAAAGGAUGCCACCUUGGAUUUCGAAGAUGUUGGCCACAGUGACUCCGCAACAGAGAUGAUGGAACAGUACUUAGUUGGGGAGGUUGAUACCGCCACACUCCCAGCUGAAGCUAGGAACAAUCCACCUCCACCAAUUCAAACAACUACCUUAAACAAUGAAUCUUCUGGAUUUCUGUUUAAGUUCUUGCAGUACUUGGUGCCAUUGCUGAUAUUGGGCUCUGCAUUUGCUCUGCAGUACUAUGGGAAAAAAAACAAGUCCAAUGAAUCAUAAAAACUGAGUUUGAGCUUUGGCUAUAGUUUUAGACUUUUACUAGACCUAUAUAAUUAUUAUUAUUCAUAAUAAUCUAUAACUAUCAAAGCAUUAUCAUAAUAAGGCACUGUUUUUGUUUUUUUGGACUAUUGUUUAAAUAAUGCGUGUCUCAAUUACAUGCAGAGUUUGUGUUCUUGAUUUGAUAUGGCCUCUUGUUUCA